CAAAUUGUGUUCAGAACACACGUCAGCCGGUUGUGUAGGUUUGUGUACUUUUAUAACAGCUUACAAUUAAAUUAAGGACAAAAUAUUAAAUAGAAGCGAUAUGCUCGCCAGUGAACGUAAAUACAGCAUAUUGCUGCCUACAUAUAACGAAAAGGAGAAUUUGCCUAUUAUAAUUUGGCUCAUUGUCAAAUAUCUCACUGAAAGUGGUUUUAAAUAUGAAGUUAUUAUAAUUGACGACGGUAGUCCUGAUGGCACUUUGGAUGUUGCUAAAGAUCUGCAGAAAAUCUAUGGCGAAGAGACAAUAAUACUACGGCCGCGUGCGUCAAAAUUAGGUCUUGGUACUGCUUAUAUACAUGGCAUCAAGCAUGCGACGGGAGAUUUUAUUAUUAUAAUGGACGCCGAUUUAAGUCACCAUCCCAAAUUCAUUCCCAAGUUCAUUGAGCUGCAAGCGAAGGAAGAUUACGAUAUAGUCUCUGGUACACGGUAUGGUGGCGAUGGUGGAGUUUAUGGUUGGGAUUUUAAGCGCAAGCUUAUUUCUCGUGGUGCCAACUUUCUUUCUCAAAUUUUGCUCCGCCCAAAUGCCUCUGACCUGACGGGCUCGUUUCGUCUAUACAAAAAGAAUGUUCUUGAGAAAUGUAUUUCCAGUUGUGUGUCAAAGGGAUACGUCUUCCAGAUGGAAAUGUUAGUGCGUGCACGUCAGCAUGGCUUCAGCAUUGGUGAGGUGCCCAUAACUUUUGUAGACCGCGUUUAUGGUACUUCAAAGCUUGGCGGUACGGAGAUAAUACAAUUUGCCAAAAAUUUGUUAUACUUAUUUGCUACAACAUAAAAGUUCUGUAUAUAGCGAUAUUUCUCUACAACCGGAAUACACUAUAAGUCGAAAAAUAGAUUAAAAGAACGGGAAUAUGUAUUACGUAUUGGGUUUUAUAUAUUUUCUGCCGCAAAUUGCAUUACACUUUAAGCUAACGAUUUUUUAUGACCUUGGCAGCUAAAAUAACAUCGUGAUUUGUCGAAAAUUUUGUUAAUGGUGGAUAAAUGUUACACCAACCAUUCAGUGACGGUUUAAGCGCUGAAAUAUGGAAUGGAAGUCGUCAUUGCCGUUACAAGUACCAAAUACCGAAAAUGGAUUGACAGAAUAACUAAUGUAAAGCCAGUCGUUGAAGAAAUUUAAAUGAAAUUGUGUAUCAUAUUUAUGGCAACUUUUAUUCUUUCCAAAAAUAAAAAUUGCUAUUUUAUUUACAACCAUA